AUGCCCCGUCCGUUGGGCGCGGAGUUUCCACCGUGCCCGCGACGUGAUGAUCUCGGGGGUUUCUUCGAAGCAGUCUUUGCCCCUCCUACCCACACCCCCGAGAUUCUCGCCCUCGCGUCCUUGUAUGGCGGAGGACUCCCCCCUCCCCUCCCCUCCCAAGUUGCCUGCCAGGGGUUCCCAGCAAUUAGAUACAAGGCGUUCGACAAGGCGGAGGGCAUCGAGGUGGCAUGGAACCAGGUGCAGGUGCGCGACGUGUUCCAGUCGCAUGACGAGCUCGAGCGCCUCUACUCCGAGGUGCAUCUGCUCAAGACCCUUCGACAUAAGAACAUUAUCAAGUUUUAUGACUCGUGGGUGGACGCCCGCAACAAGAACGUCAAUUUCAUCACGGAGGUCUUCUCGUCCGGCACGCUCAGACAGUUCCGGCAGCGGCACCGGCAGUGCGACCUGCGCGCGAUCAAGAACUGGUCGCGGCAGGUGCUGCGCGGGCUAUUCUACCUGCACUCGCACGACCCGCCCAUCAUCCACCGCGACCUCAAGUGCGACAACAUCUUCAUCAACGGUAACCAGGGCGAGGUCAAGAUCGGCGACCUCGGGCUCGCCGCCAUCCUGCACCACCGCGACGCCGCGCAUAGUGUUAUUGGCACGCCGGAGUUCAUGGCGCCGGAGCUGUACGAGGAGGAGUACAACGAGUUGGUGGACAUAUACGCGUUCGGCAUGUGCGUGCUGGAGAUGAUCACGCUCGAGUACCCCUACAGCGAGUGCACCAACGCCGCGCAGGUCUACAAGAAGGUCUCCGAGGGCAAGAAGCCGCUGGCGCUGCAGCGCAUUCCGGACGAGGGCAUACGCGAGUUUGUAGAGAUGUGUCUGGCGGACGCCUCCCGCCGCCUGCCCGCGCGCGACCUGCUGCGCCACCCCUUCCUCGCGGAAGGCUCUGGGUCGCUGCAGCAGCCCCCUUUCGCGAGCGCCGCCGACCGCACCUCCCGCCCCCCCCCCUCGGAGGGCGGAGGGGGAAGAAGGAGCGGGAGGAGCGGGGGGAGCAGAGGCGGAAGAUGGGGGGAGAGUGGUGGGAACGCGGGGGGAGUUGGAGGGGGCAGGGGGAUGGGGAUGGGGUGGUUGGGGGGGGAUGAGCUGGUCAGUUUCAGGGGGGGUGAGGGCGGGCGCGGGGGGAGGGGCGGGGGACGGGGAGGGGGAGGGGAAAGGGCUGGGGGCGGGGGAAAAGGGGAAGAGACAUGGGUGUGGGACACGAAUCUAGAGGUGCCUAAGGCGGUUGGGGCGUGGGUGAAGCAGGGCGGGGAGGAGGGGGAGGCGGAGGAGGAGGUGGUCAGCAAACGCGCAGGAUGGUCGGAGAUUGUGGGGUUGAUGGCGGAGACGUUGCAGCAGCAGGAGUGGGGGGCGGGGUCCAGCGAGGAAGGGGAAGCGGAGAAGGGGGUUGGUGAGCGGAGAGAUGGGGGGAGUGGGGGGGAGGAGGACAAUGAAGGCGUUGAGAGGGAGGGGGGAGAGGAGGGGGAGGGGGAAGAGGAUGGGAGGGGGAGUGGUAAUAGGAGCGGGGAGCAUGAGAGAGAAAGCGGGACAGAUAGUGAGUGUGGUGGAGGGGAGGGGCGUGGGGAGGAGGAGGGGUUGGCGAGUGUGGAGUCGGAUGUUGAUUUGGAAAGGGGGGAGUGCAGCAAGCAGCAGGAGGGCCGCACGGUGUGCAUUCGCUUGCGACGCGCAGAUGGCAAAGGGCGCAUGCACGUGAUUCAGUUUCCGUUUGACACUUCGCGAGACUCAGCGUUCAGUGUGGCAUGCGAGAUGGUGGACGCCCUAGGCCUGCCCGACUCCGCCCUCGCAUCCGUCGCCGAUGAAAUUGACGCCCAGCUCCUUGCCCUCGUGCCCCCCGCCCAUGCUGCUGCUGCUGCUGCGGCUGCUGCUGCUGCUGCUGCUGCUGCUGCGACCGCCGCUGACUUGGUUCUGGCUUCUAGCAGUGGCGGUGGCGGUGGUGUUGGUGUGGGGGGGGUUGCUGAUGGGGAUGCUGAUGGUGGGAUGGAGUCUGGGGUUGCAGAGGAGGGGUUGGAGGGGAGUGAGACGGAGGAGGAGGAGGAAUGGGCGGGGAUAAGCGGAAGGGCAGGGCGGGAGGGGGCGCAGGGGUCUCCGCCAGUGUCUUUUGGGAGGGGAUCAGAGGGGGGUGCAGUGGUGGAGGGGGGGGGGAGCGGGGGAGCGGCGCAUGGGGGUUUGAGAAGAGAGGAGCUUUAUUGGAUGGAGGAAGAGGAUGAGGAGAGGGAGGAGAGUGCGUUGGAAAGUGAAAAGGGCGGAGAGGAGGGUGAGAAGACGGCUGGUGUGAGCAGUGGUGGGGAGGAGGUGAGGGAGGAAGCAGUGGAGGGAGGAGUAGAGGGAGGGAGUGAGGGAGGAGGAGAAGAGGGAGAGGGAGAGAGGAAGGGAGAGGCAGGGGGGGAAGAAGGGGGAGAGAUAGGGGGCGAGGUGGGGGAAGAAGUUGGGGCGUCUGAAAUAGGCAAGGCAGAGGAUAAUCGUAGCAGUGUGGAGCAGGUGGAGCAAGAGACUGAGCAGCAUGCUGACGCUGCGGAGGAGGAGGAGGAAGAAGCCUGGGAGGGGGAAACGGAGGAGAUGGAGGAGGAGGUGGAGGUGGGGGGGCAGGCGGAGGAGCAGGUGGGAGGAGAGGAGGUGCAGGAAGGGGUGGAGAUCGGCGAGGGGUCAGGGUUGCUGGCUGUAACGCUCAGUGAUCUGGUUGUCCCAACCAGCGUAUCAGCCAGUGGGAGGCGACGUCCCGUACAAGUAGGCUGGGAUGGAAUCCCUGAGGGCCUGGUGGCACUCGGAGGAGGGGGAGGAGGAGCGCGAGGGGGGCGAGGAGGAGGGGGAGGGGGAGGGGUGGGAGCAGGACGUUUGACUUCGCCGUCCCACGGGCCGACGAUCAUGGCUCGUCUGGCGUCUAAGAUGUUCCCUCUGAGCCUCGCUAAGCUUGCCUCGUCCAAGCGCCACCUCCCUCCCAGCAGCAGCAAGCCGAUCCGCGGGAACAGCAUCACCUUUGGCGUGGGCACGCACGUGGGGCAGCGGCUGGAAGCGGUGCCGCGAGGUGUGUCGCGGUUGUUAGGGAUGGAGGGAGCAGUGGAUGUGGAUGAGCUACAGGUGCAUGGGCGGUUUGUGUCGUUCCGAUCGCCCACAGGGGAUAGCUCUAGGAGCUCCAUUGCGUCGGCUUCCUCACAGUCUGCCCCGUCGCCGGGAUUGCAUCCGUCUGUUCCUGCUGGUGCUGCUGCUGCGGACUGGGGUGUGGAGGAGGGGGGAGGUGUGCUGGACAGUGGUGGUGGUGGUGGUGGGGGGGGGAGUGCACGUGGCAGUGAUGGACUGUCUGUUAUUGAGAGUGAGGAGGACGUGCUGUCAGGAGGUGGGUCUAUGGAGACCAGGCGUGCAGUGGAAGGAGCAGAUCGGGGUGCGACUGCUAACGUCAAUCCUACUGGUGCUUCUGUUGCUGCUGCUGCUGCUGCUGCUGCUGCUGCUGCUGCUGCUGCUGCUGCUGCUGCUGCUGCUGCUGCUGCUACUGCUGCUGCUGCUGAUGGCACGGUCACGCCGGGAUACAGUCACGGCGGUGAGCUGGCACGACUGCCGUCCCUGCCGUCAGUAAACAAGGCCCUGUACCAGUCGCCCAUGAUGCGCAGCCUUAGUGUGGGCAUGGGCAGUCUCGUGCAUGCUGCAGCAGCGGCAGAGCACGCGACAAGGAAGGGAGAAGAUGGGCAAGGCGAGUGGGGUGAGGUUGUUGGGCCGGACGGGAGGGCGUUUGGGUGGAGUGGGGGGAGGUCCAGGUUCGGCGAAUCUCCACGUGGUAGUCUGGGGAGUGGGAGAGGGGAGGAGGGAGAGGGUGGUGAGGCAGGGAGGAAGGCGAUGAUGGGUGGGGUGGGGUGGGAGGGAGUGGAGAAGGCGGAGAAGGGUUGUGAGAGGGGUGCUGGGAGCAGGGGGGAGACGGGGAGGAGAUGGGUGGUUCUGACAGAGCAAGAGGCGGGUCUGGUUGCAGAAAUGGAGGGGGAGAUUGCAGCAGUUAGGGAGAGGUAUGAGCCACGGAUAGCACAGGUGCGUGCAGAGAUCCAUGGUCUGUUUGUGCAAGGGAGCGAGGGUGGGGACUGGGGAGGAGGGGAAGAGGCGGGGAAGGGAUCGAUUAAGGAGAGGGGGGGUGAAGUAAGGGGAGAUGGGUUUGGGUUUGUGGGUGGAGACAGGGGGAAGGUGGAGGAUGGUGAUGGUGUUGUCACGCGGUUGGUGAGGGUUGCGGAUGUGCAAGGCAGAGAAGGUGGUGGUGUAGGCGUGGAGGAGGGAGACGGGGCGACAUGCAAGGAUGGGGCAUGCCACAGUGGGCCGCUGACUCGAACCGGCUCUCCUUCUGGCAACUCCAGAAGCAGCAGCGUUCCCGGCACGGACCGCAGUGCGUAUGGAGGGCUGAAUGGUGAAAUCAGUAACGAGGCUCACAGCAGCAGCAGCAGCAGCAACAGCAGGGCAGGCAGGGAGAUGGUGGAGCGGUCUAUUGCCCUUAUGGAGGCCAGCAUUCUCGAAAGGCUGCCCAGCAGCGCUAAGCUCGCUGUGAGUCCUGCUGCUCUCUCUUCUCCUAGUAGCUGUCAGCGGCCUGCUGCUGUGAAGGUUGGCGGCGCUGGUGGCGCUGGAGGAGUUGCUAAGGAGGGAGGCGCGGGUGCAGGUGUGGGUGUGGUAGGGUUGGGCAAAGGUGGUCCUGGUCUGGCCACCAUACGACAAUCAGCAAGAGCACAGUCGCCCAGCUAUGCCUGCUCGUGA